AUGGGCCCUGAUAAUCCUGGCACGUUGCACGUCCAAGACCCCGACGGCGCCCCCAGGAACAUGACGCUGGAGAAUGAAAAAGGACCGGCGAUUCACGAUGCCCAUGGUUAUGUUCUCGACACGGAGGGCGGCGACUUGAGCGGCGCCAACAACACGAAGCUCGCCAAGGAUGGCCACACAAUCCUAAUCCCACAACCAAGCGACGACCCGGAAGAUCCCUUGAACUGGUCCUCGUUCAAGAAGCACCUCAUCCUGCUGAUUAUCUCAUGGGCGGCCUUGCUCCCCGAUUACGGCUCUGCGACGGGCGCAGUCACGUUGAUCCCACAGGCGGCCAUCUGGAAGAUGAGCGAGGACACCGUGAACCAUUCCCAGGUCGGGAACGUCUUUAUGCUUGGGGCGGGAGGUGUGUUUGCGGUGGCCUUUUCUGCGUAUUUCGGUCGGCUUCCGGUUCUCUUCUGGUUUCUUGUCUUGGGCACCGCGACUGCGGCCUGGUGCGCUGCUGCCGUCACUUUUGAGAGCUUUAUGGCUGCGAGGAUUCUUAAUGGGUUCUUCUCUACGGUGGCCCAAGGUGGAGGGUUGAUGUUUAUCAACGACAUGUUCUUCUUCCAUGAACGGGCGAGAAAGAUCAAUAUCUGGGCAGGCUUUAUUAUCCUCAGCCCCUAUUUCGGCCCCCUAUUCACCGCAUUUAUCAUCUCAACCCAGGAAUGGAGUAUCGCAUUCUGGCUAUUCUUCGCCAUGUGUGCUCUUGCCCUAGUGCUUUGCGUUCUGUUUGUGCCCGAGACAUACUACAGCAGACAGCAGCAUUCUGGCCCUUCCAACGGACCCCGCGUUCUGACGCUGAUUGGCAUCCACCAACGCCGUCAGAAUCUAUUGCAGCCAAACACGAUUGUCGAUGCGUUUCUCAGGCCUGUCAAGGUCCUGCUCAAGGUGCCGAUUUUCUUGAUCUGCUUCUACUACGUGCUCACCUUUGCGUGGGUCGUUGGGAUCAAUACGACACUGUCGAUCUUCUUAACCCCACUGUACAAUUUUGGGCCUAAGCAGAUUGGCUUCUUCUACUUCACGCCCGUAGUCGCCGCCCUCCUCGGCGAGCUAGCAGGCCACUGGAUCCACGAUCUGAUCGCACGGGCGUACAUCCACAAACACCGCGGCCACUUCGAACCCGAAGUGCGCCUGCGCGCAAUCUACAUCUCGACCCCGUUCAUGAUCGCCGGGAUCGUCCUGCUCGGCUUCGCCCUCGAAAACGCAUACCACUACAUGAUCACCUCGCUCGGUUGGGGUCUCUACGUCUUCGGAGUGAUGAUCACGACCGUGGCGAUCAACGCGUACGGCCUGGACAGCUACCCCGACGGGAGCGGCGAGGUUGCCGCGUGGAUCAACAUGGCGAGGACGACGGGCGGGUUCAUUGUGAGCUAUUUCCAGGUCGAGUGGGCGGAUACCAUGGGCGCGAAGAACAGUUUCGGAACGCAGGCGGGCAUUGUGGCGGCUGCGUCAAUUAUCCCCGUGUGUUUGAUGGUUUGGGGGAAGACGCUCAGGGAGCGGGCGGGGCCGUUGGGGUUCAAGACUGCUUGA